AUGUUUGAGAAUGAAGAGGGCAACCACUGCUGUGAUGGUGACAUUCUGGGCCGGGCUCUGAAGAACCUGGAUGGGCUGCUGCAGAUGCCGUAUGGAUGUGGUGAGCAGAACAUGGCGCUCCUUGCCCCAAACAUCUACAUCCUCGAGUACCUGAGAAACACACAGCAGCUGACCCCAGCCAUCAGGGAAAAGGCUACCAACUUCCUGACCAGUGGCUACCAGAGACAGCUAAAUUACAAAGAUAAGGACGGUGCUUACAGCACAUUUGGAGCAGGACCAGGGAACACUUGGCUGACAGCAUUUGUGCUGAGAUCUUUUUCCAAAGCCCAGUCUUUCAUCUACAUUGACCCAGCAAACAUUGAAGCGUCCCAGGCCUACAUUCUGCAUCCAGUGAGUCAGACUAGAUCACUAAUUACUUAUGCUUCCUCUUUACAGGGUGGUGUGUCUGAUGAAGUUACUCUCAGUGCCUACAUCACUGCUGCCUUCUUGGAAAUGAAUAUGUACAUAGAUGGUCCUGUGAAUGCUAGCUUGUCUUGCCUCAAGAAGUCAAUCAGUGACCUCAGCAACACCUACACCACAGCUCUGCUGGCGUACGUCUUCACCCUGGCAGGAGACAUGGAGACCUGUGAUCACCUACUGAAGCACCUAGACACUGUUGUAUUACAAGAAGGAGGUUUCCUCCACUGGUCUCAGAUAGCAACAGAAACGUCAGCCUCUCUGUCUGUGGAGAUCAGCUCCUAUGUGCUGCUGGCUAAACUCAGUGCCUCUCCGACUGUUGAAGACCUGGGCUACGCCAGCCGCAUCGUUAGAUGGCUGACUAGCCAGCAGAACUAUUAUGGAGGAUUCUCCUCCACACAGGUACAGCCCAGACAGGGUUAAGCUGGACUUGAAGUC